AUCGCCCCUGGUAUGUAGCCUGGGCGACGUCAACAAAUGGUCCUUUGACUCAUUGAAAAAAAUAUUUGUCGCCCCAAAGAUUUUUAUUUGAGUAUCCCUGAUCUAGACAGACUACACCGGCGAGAAGAUUCGAUUUUCAAAGCCUUAAAUUCAUUUCCACGUGUUGAUUUUCAAAGGUCGUUGCGUGAGAUUCGGACUGUACACGAAGGCAUCACAGUGAGGGGUGGGGGCGGUCUCCUGUUAGCUUAGCCACACUAGCCAGUCUCCCUAGCCAGGUUCACCCACCAUCCUCCCCAUCUCAUCGCUUCACCUCACCGAGGUCGUCCUCCCUCCGCCGAAAUAAAACUUGCAUGGGCAAUGGAGGGCGAAAUUGUGAGAAUGGAGCCGGCCGACAGCGAGCAGGACGAGGAGGAGAACGUGUACGAAGUGGAGCGGAUCAUUGAUAUGCGUGUGGAGGAGGGCGAGGUGCUGUACCGGGUGCGCUGGAAAGGUUACUGCUCUGACGACGACACAUGGGAGCCAGAAGGCCACCUGGAGGACUGUCGAGAGGUCCUGCUGGCAUUCAAGAAGGCUGCCACAGAAGUCAAGAAGGAACCCGAGGACAAAAAGCCCAUACUGACACUCCCUACCAAGAGCGACGUGUUCGACGCCGACUCGGAGAGUGACAGUGACAAGGACCGGCUCACCGACGACAUGCCCGUUGUCAAGAAGAAGAAGAAGAAGAAGAAGAAAGCUCGGGAGCUGCAACUGGAUGAUGAUGAGGAGGAGUUACCUCGGAAGGAGAAGAAGAAGAAGAAGAAGAAGGACAAGUGGCGGGAUGAGGUCAAACCUUUGCCAGCUCCAGAGACGGAUGAGGACGAAGAUAAGAUGACGGACAUGAAGAAACGUCUGAUUGACUCUGACGACGAAGAUGAAGCGCCGUCCAAGAAGCCCAAGAAGGAGAAGAGCAAAGAUGGCAGGCAUAGGAAGGACAGAAGCUUUGAGGAGUCCAAGAAGAAGAAAGCCAGGAAAGAGUACAAUUUGGUGUCUUCGGAUGAGGACCUCAGUGAAGGCCUGUCGGACUCGUCGGCGAAGAAGGAGAAGCCUCGCCCUGACGAGUACCGUUCCAAGCCCAAGAAGAAGCCGGACGUCAAACUGAAGGGCAUCAAAGACCUGAUCCAGGACAAGAAGAGCAAGCUGAAGGAGAGCAGCCAACUGAAGCUCAAGACGCUGACCGCCUCCAGAGUCCGCGAGGACGCCGGGCCGCCCUCGUCCGACUCCAGCGACAGCUUGGGUCUGCACCACAAGUCCAAGAGUAAAAGCCAAGAGGCCACACCCCCCGCCAAAGCACCCUCAUCUGCCUCCUCCGCCGCCUCGUUGGCCCCUGCCCCCGCCACCAAGCCCCGGGAGGAUGAGGCAGCCAGGGAGGACACCAAGGGCUCCACCAACCUCUUUGAGAAAUUCUUGCGCAACUGCUUGGCCAAUGAUCGAGCCCCUCGCAGGCCGCCGUCUGACAAGAGCGCCAGCAAGCCCUCCAAGGUCCUUGGAAAGCUUGAGAAGAUUGUCAAGCCUGUCAAAGAAUCUCCCACACUAAAAGAAACAGAAAAGAUGGAAAGGCCAAAGCAGUCUGAAGCCAUCUCCAGAUCAGGUCAGGGUUACGGCUUCAGCCUGGACAGCAAUGAACUAGAAGGAGAGAAUGCGGCCACCAAGUCGAAGACUGGGGAGGAUUCCCGUGAACGGCGGGACAAGCCAGAGGAGAGCCAGACCAGGCCAAGCUGGGACAGGAAAGGACAACCGGACGACAGGAAGAAGAAGAGGGAGGACAGCGAGCCCAGACAUUUCAUGGUAUCUGAUGACCAUAUGGACCAGCAUCCAAUGGAGGCCACUGACAAAUCUGACAAAGGUCCGGCCACGUUGAGUUUGGGAAUGGAUCUCAACCUGGAUUGGAUGACGCUGGACGACUUCCAGAAACAUCUGAAUGGAGAUGACGAGAUCCUGUCAGGGCCUCCAUUAUCACCCAGCGAGUUGCGGGAUGCAGUGAAAAGUGGAGACUAUGUAGCAGUAAAAAUGGCACUCAAUUCCAAAGAGGAGUACAACUUGGACCAGGAGGCAUGUACUACAAUGGGUGUGAAGAGGUCAUUUGACAAGAGAAGUCAGAGGGAUGGGAUUUUUAUGCCACAGUUUUUAGACUGUACGCAAGAGGGCAGGAGUGGCAGCCCGGAUAAAAACCUCCAGAAGGGUGUGCCCGAAUCAGAGCACGGUUCAGAUCAAGCAACAGAGACAUUUAAGCUAGAUAAUGCAAAAGUCAGCAAUUUGAGGUUGAGCUUCGAUGUUCCUAACCAAACCGCAGAUGCAAAGGACUGCGACCAAGAGGGAGAAAACGUCAAACCAGAUGGGAGUAAGACAAACAAUUUAGCAUCAAUUUCAUCCGAGGAGGCAACAAAAGACGAUGGCAGAACGACAAAAUGCUGCCGGAGGAAAACUCUCAAAGCCAAACAGCCGACGCGAACCAGUCAGAGGAUAUGCAGGAAGAUAGUCCAUACACUAUCCAGUACUGAUGAGGAGAAGGAACAGUGUAGAAAGCACUUUUGUUUCUACUGCCAGAUGUCUUUCAGCCAGCUGGAGAAGCACUUGGAGAAGAAGCACGCCGAGGAAACGGACGUGGCCCACGCUAUUCACUUUCCCAAAGGCUCCAAAGUCAGACAGACCCUGCUGGACCAAAUCCGUGACAAGGGCCAUUAUGAGCAAUGCACCAAAGCACUCCGAAAGGUGGGUGACAAGGAUGACGGCACACAUACAGAGGUGAAGAGUCCUAAAAUAUGCGUACGCGACUUUCUCCCCUGCCAGCAAUGCUAUACUUUUUACCGCAAAACCGACCUGUGGUGGCACGAGCAGUCCUGCAAAGCCAGGAAAGGUGAUGACAAAUCCCCCGAAAUUCCAAACGUGGAAACUGCGGGACAAAGCGCCACUUUGCAGCUGCUUCCCGUGUCAAAGUUCUUGACGGACGAUUGCAGGGAAAUUAUCCGCACCAUGCACCAGGACGACAUCACCCGGCACAUCGUCCACGACCCACUCAUUUGCAAAUACGGUAGCGCCUUGUCGGCCAAGUACAACCACGACAAAUCUCAGUUUGCCUACAUUGGACAAAAGUUGCGGCAGCUAGGCCGGUUCAUGAUCGCCAUCAAUAAGCUGGAUGGCAGUGUGCGCUACCUGCACCAAUUGUGUCUCCCGUCCAGGUUUGAAUUGGCAGUGGAGGGUGCCAAGAAAGCUAGCGGUUUCGAUCCCAGUUGCAGUCGGUUCAAAACCUUUUCCCUGGUAUCCAAAAUUGGCUACUCCUUGAAACGGGCCGCCGAGAUAGCCUUUGGCGAGAGUUGCAUGACCAAAGAUCAGCUAACAGAGGGCGAGGUGAGGGCCUUCAUUCAGUUAGUGGAUACCAAAUGGAGCGAGCGCUUUUCUCGCAGGUCCCUACCACCGUCAUCCUCCAAACCGGACAUUCGGAAGGCAGAGGUUAAUGCAUCCAGUGUGACGGAGGACCUGAUCAAACUCUAUAGGUUCAUUGCUGAUGAGGGGGACGAAGCCAGGAAGGAGCUGAGGUACAAUCCCAGUGUGGCCAACUGGAAGAAGCUGAGUGAGGCCACGCUGGCCGACAUUUGCCUCUUCAACAGAGCACGCGUGGGCAACAUUGGCCGGCUCCUUUUGCAAACAUAUGCCGGCAAAAAGCUUGGAGGCGUCUUUGUGCCCUCAGCUGAUCAAAUCAAGAAAUGCUCCAAACUGGAGCUGGAGGUCAGCGGGCACUUCACCCGGGUGGAACUGGAAGGUCAGUUUGGCAGGAACAUGUUGGUUCUGCUCACCGAAAAGAUGACUUUGUCACUGGAUCUGCUGGUGGAAAGCCGCCAUGACGCAGGGGUGUCCAAAAGCAACCCGUACCUCUUUGCCCGGACUGAAGGACACUCCUUCAUCCGAGGGCUGGACUGCUUCCGAAGGGCGGCGGUGGAAUGUGGAGUGAAGAACCCCGAAGCGCUCCUGUCACCGGCGCUAAGGGAGCAAAUCGCCUGCUGCUGGCAGCUCAUGAGCCUCAGCCAAGGUGAGCUGGAUCGAGUAGCCGGGCUGUUGGGAAAGAGCAUCCAGGAGUGCUAUGCCUUGUCCAAAAACUCGUUGCAGCUGGAGGAGGCUAGUAAACACUUGCUCCAGUUGGACCGCAUGCGACCAACAAUUCCAGCUAACACAGCUAGCAAUGGAACUCCAUCCAAAGCUGUCCUGAAGAGGCGACCGUGGAGCGAGCGUGAGCAGGCUGCCGUCAGGCAUCACAUGAGUGAAUUUUUAAGAAGGAUGAAAGUACCCGGCAAGAAGGACUGCAACGCCUGCAUUGCUGCCGAACCGGAUCUGGCCGGCAGAUCUUGGACCGAUGUGAAAAACUAUGUGCACAACAGCAUCCAGACCUUGCGUAGACGCAGUAACCAGCACAGGGGGGAAGGUAACAGCAGAGCUUUAAAGCCCAAGAGACUGAGAGAGGAAGUCCAAAGAACAGAUUUGGACGACGUGUCGACGGGCUGUAGCUUGUCUUCAGGUCUUCAGGACCACCUGACAGAGAAUGCAAAAAUUUGCAUGUCUAUGCCGCCGCAAGAACCAAAUCCAUACACCCCAGAGAUGCCUUUAAGCUACAUGUCCUUGUGUUCUCCUGGUGCAAAUCUUAUCCACACCAGUCAGCCAAUAAUGUCCACGUUCACAUCGUUGAACGCCACCGACACUCAAGUGGUACCCACGUUCACGCCGCUCAGCACCACCAGUGCACUCAUGUCGCCCAUAUAUGCGUCAGAAACCGACAGCAUCCAUCCAAUGGCUCCUCCUUAUUCGCCAAAUACCUCAAAUAUGCCUCCCCCGGUCUAUGCCGACCCUUUAAACUCCCCCGUGCUUCCCAGUUAUGGUGUUCCCAGCACCUCCAUGCUUCCCACGUUCACUACACUGAAUUCCCCGACUCCGCCCUUGGUCCCGGCCUUCUCCUCGACCUUAAGCGACCGAAGCGGGAUGAUGGUGUCCUCCUUCACGGCACUCAACCCCUCCGCUGCGCCUCCCUACCCGACCGGUCAGCCGACCACUUCUGUGACGGCGCAGGUGGUCCCGACGGUCCACAGAGGCAGCAUUCACGAUGGGGUGGCCCCAUCGCUUCCACCUCACCAAAACCCCCACCCCACCCCAAAACCCCACCCCACCACCAAACCCCAGAAGAGGCACAAAAGGUUGUGGAGCACCGAGGAGCAGGCUGCAGUCCGACGGCAGUUUGGAGACUUGUGCAAACUGGUCAAGGUGCCGGGGAAAAAAGACUGUGACGCAUGUUUGGCGGCCGAGCCGGCCUUGAGUAGCCGCACGUGGCGGGAAGUCAAGUAUUUUGUCCACAACAACAUUCAGUCCAUGAAGAGACGAGGCCUUGCUGCUGCUGUGCCUCUGCUAACUGAACAACCCAAACAGGAACUACAGACUCCAGCAUCAAAUGCGGAGUGGGACGGUCCUGUAUAUCUGUCCCUGUAAAUAGCACUACCUUAACAUGUAAUAUGUUAUUCCAAGAGUUUCGAAACUAGAUACAAAAAGUUCAGAUCCAGAGUUCCACACUACAGUUCGCAUCGGGUGGCAUGCAAUAGCUGCGUCCGCUACGUCAAUAAUAGGGGUGUAACAGUACGUUGAAAAAUCACAGCUUGGUUUUAAGGUGACGGUUCUGUUCACAUUGGGUACACUUACGGCAGUGAUUCCCAACCACAAAGAUCAUCUGGUGCAUUGGUACUCUGCUGUUGUCACCCAGGGACCCACAUUUUCUAUUUGUCGUUCGGUCGCGACCCACUUAUAGAAGUUAUCAAUAUAGAAAACGUAUUGUUCAAAAAUUGCCUCUGUAAUUGUUUAUUUCUUUUUCCAAACAUAACUACACUAUGCAUGCUUACAUGUUCAAAGUGCCUUUUAGAGCACCUUAAAACAUGAUAACUGCAUGUAUACAUAAAUAAAGUUAAAUAUCACAAUUGCACAAAAUACGUCCACAAAAUUACACCUAUAUCUUGGCACUGACCUAUUCUUUUUUUGCAAAGUCUAUUUAUUAUCUAACGUUCCAUAUAUGAAUACGUUUCUUUAUCUUUUUGACUCAUGCCUUUUAAAAUAAUGUCUGUUCCAAAUAAAAGGCAAGUCCAACCUGGGAUGCACGUUAAAUAUUUCACUAUACACGGGUUUCUAAGUUUACAAUGGAGUUCCACUCUCAUAAAUCGGAACCCUUAUGAACCCUGGUAAGCGUGUCACUAACCUACACUACUAACACAGUAGUAAAGUCACAAUUAUACAGUAUUUGCAUAAAAGCAAAACUAAUAAAAAAAACUGAAAUAAAACACAGUACUGGUACGUUGUAUGUCGGCGCCGUCAUAAACCAAGGACCCCUUUAAUUUUAUGCAACCUGUCUGUGAUCCAUCCAUAAUGGUAUGGCAUCCAAGCUUACUUGGGGCAAGUGGCGGAGUACACCCUGAACUAGUUUCGAGCCACUCGCCGUAAAGUGAUCAGUACGGUGAAUGUUUAUGAAAAAGCGCUUCUGGGCCAUAAAUAUAAAACAGAAAAACAAUAACUACGGUGCUUAGCAGAGUGUGCCUUCUUGACGCUGUAUUCUUACGCCUCCCAGCAGACUAGUCCAUUGCGCGCCGUUCGUAAAACUCCCUUCGGGACCGUGGUAAACCCAAAAGAUCUUUUUAGGAAAACAGACGAGUAUAAACUCAUUUGGCCGGACAGCCGCUAGCCAGAGGCUAAGCGGCACUGUUUUAUUUUAUGGCGUAGCCUGUCCAUUACCUACUAUGUUUCGUGCAAGAACCGUACCCCUCCGAAUGUUCCCGACCCAAAAAGUCUGAUACCGUUACACCCCUGGUAAAUGGCGUGACAUUACAGCGAGAAAAAGUUAAUUUCUGCUUCCGAUACGUGCUAAAAAUUGUUUUAAACGGUUACAAAUGAGACUGCCCUUAUACUUCAAAGAGCCUUUGCUUCAUACAAAAAUGUACUUCCACCAUCAGCCAUAUUCCUCUGUGUAUAGACUGCUUGGUCACGCUGUGGUUUAGUCCAUUGACCCUCCCUCUGAACUAACCCCACCAACAAAAUGACUUCAACCGAAAGCAUUACGACUGUUGCUUUUGAUGAGUUCGCGUCUACACUUAAUGUGUAAUGCCGAGAUCAGACGACAAGAUUUUAGCCCCAAUAUUGGCCUGAUUAGCUAUUGCGGGCGAUUUCCCAGAUCGGGCCCGACAUUUUGUCGGGAACGACAAAACUUCUUGUCGUGUGACAUCAUCCACGACCAACGAUUUGGCUUUACGACAGCCCUACAACGCCAAAAUGAAAAGCCUAGCAUCUUAAAUUUUUUUUGGGGGGGGGGGAUAUCUACCGUGUAGUGUGACAUAUCAGCGACAACUCUCUUGACAACGCACUUUGACAUCGACCAAUACGAUUGCAUAUUGUAACCGGCGCAUCGUCUCCCGUGCUUUCUGUUGUCAACAUACUGGUCCCCGUUGUCAACAUUUAUUCACGCCCACAAACUGUUUACCGAUGCUUUAGCGCAUGAUUGGACAGAACGCUGGCAUGUUUAUCGGUAGCACUACCUUGCUAGGCUACAUAACGUUUUAUUGCAGCCUUGCGAGCCGUAUCACAUUAAAAAUACGUGAACAUGCUGUAUCUCAAGCAAUCCUUGAAUGAACGUCCUCUCCCGAGCACUGGUGACGCCCGCUUCACGAUUUUCCUCAUUUUGUUCUCCCCCCCCCCCACAAUACAUUGGCGCGAUCCAUUGUUGUUGUGGUCGCCAUGGUAACGGGUGUAUCUGGUCGCAUUGACCCGUGACACGUUCUCUGGUUCCGCCUCUCCGAGAGUGUUUGAUUUAACAAAAUAAAGCCCAGUAAUCGUAAAAGGCGGGAUACGGUGGUAUCGGAAUACAUCGUGUCGUGUUGCCACUGUCUGGCCGAGAUACGGCAAGAUUUUAUGGCAGUAGUCUGACAUUGUGCAAUCAUGAGAGACCAAAUUUGUCUUGUCGCCUGAUCCAGGCAUAAGAUUAUUAUUUUCCGUGUUUAAUACGUUCAUUCACCAAAUCUUCACGAGAAUUUCAUCCCACCAUUUCAACCGCCAGUUGAUCCUUCCGACAGAUGUUCAUUUCUACGCUUUAGGUAUUAGGUUUAUGUUGUAGAUGGUCCCAGUAUUGGUAGCACUGUGUAUACACUUAAACCCAUGUUCAUGUUUAUAAUCUCUUUAUUAUGAUGUUGCCCUGUACAAGAACAAUGUAGAACAAAUUUUGUACUUUUAGUGUAUUUUGUGUGAGAGAUAAAAUACCACAGUGGUUGGGAAAAUUGGUUGAUUCCCAAAAUUUCUGGCUGAUAUUUGAAUGUAACUGGCCCACAACCAAACCUCGCAAAUGUUUUUUAUUUAUUUAUUUAUUUUGUUUCUUUUUUUUUCUUUGGGGGAGGUCAUCCAUCCAAUUCCUGAUACAGGACUUUAGUAUGACCACUAGGGCUGCAGCUAUUGAAUAUUUUUAGAAUCGAGUAUUCUGCAGAUUAUCCUGUUGAUUUAAUCGCAUAAUCACAUAAUUGAUUUUGCGUUUUAAACACAAUAACGCGCAUGUGAGGUGCAGGUAGAGUAUUUUUUUCUGUCCACUUGGGGUCACCGUCCUUACAUUCUACUGUAGCAUCUGUGGCUAUGUGUGAGUAAGGCUUUUAAAAGGCACGGCCUGGCCUGGUGUGGGCGUCAGCAUAUAAGGGUGUAGUGUUGGCUGGCUAUUAACUGGUUAAAUUAGCUAAAAUCAAUGUUACGUUGUGCUGCCGGUCGGAGACAUGCUGAUUCGCUCGACGUUACACUUUGUCUUCCUUUUUAAAUCUGCAGUAUGUAACUGUUUUUUUUUUUUUUUUCCAUUUUCCGCAAGUCAUUUUCACCUAAGCCACUACUGAAGGAGAUGACCCAAUGCCGCUUAAGCCUAUGAGCUCGUCUGUCAUCUUGUUGUAUUUUUCGGUAUUUGUUUUUUUUACAUUUAGUGAAUGUCUGGUUCAUUUCCUGCGCUUUCAACUUGGUGACCCACCGAAAAUGAAAUUGAUGCAUUUUAACCUAACAGUGGGCGGAGGGUGACCCCUUGUCAUUUGUAAAAGCUCACUAAACAUUAUUUUGUGUUUCUGUAGCAGAGAAUAAUCAUACAGUAAUUACUGUGUAAACGAAUACAAUAAUUGCCACGAACGAACAAAAACUCUUUCUGAGGACCCCUUAGGUGCCCAAAUAAAAUGUAAAAUAUGCGCACCGAAUAAUGCAAGCACAAAUAUAGGGAAUGACUCAUUCUAUUUCUGUCUGAUAUCUUUAUCACAAAUGCAGACGGGCAUCGAUGACAAGAGAAAACAAUAGCAUUCGUAUGCUGUGACCGAAAUCCAUUCACCUUCCCGAGGACCCUUAGCUGACCAACAAGGUCCCUGAAGUAAAAUAAACAAAGUACAGCAACGUCCAAGCAAUGCAUGCACAAAAUGACCAAUAACAGUGAAUUUAUAACAAUUUCCUCUUCCGAAGAGUCCAUCUUUUUUCCCCCCGCUGGCUGUCAUUCCAAACAGAAUACAAAUCUUGUCGAAUGUUGUACAAAAAUCACAUACAAGGGACCUCCUACGUCAUAUGGAAGCGACAGUUUGUUUUUGUAAUACUGAAUUCCAAACAGAACUUUAGCAUGAUAGCUCUAAGAGUGAAAUGACCCAAAUCUUGGGACAUUUUCUCUCUCAUGGACCCCCCCCCGGCUCGUGGCUUAUUAACUUAAUUUAUUUCUACGUGAAGUGGUUCAUGGCACUGGAGUAACAUUAGUCGGUGUGGACAAAUGAUCCCUGCGAAGAGAUUUUGGUUUGACCUUUUUAGUAAAGGAAUUUUUCGAUGAAUUGUUGCAGCCUUAGUAGGUCAUCCAAACUUGAGUCCUGCAUGGGUCAGUUUUUUAAAUCGGAUUUCAACUCACCGAUACAUGACCGCAUCUUACACACGACCCAACCGCUGGAAACUUGAGGGUCACGCUUUCGGUAUUGAAUACAUUGGAUAAGUUUGUUCAAUACGAAUGAAAACCCUCACUGUCCAAAUUUGUUUCGUCCACAAAUGUAUCACAAAGCUCCUUCGUUCGAUCCUGUUGUAGUUUAUACAGUUUACUAUUUAAAAAAAUAAUAAUAAUCAUCAUUUGAGCCUUCAGUAUUGUCCAGACAUUUUCAAUAUGUUCUUCCAACAUUGAUGUUAAUAUCCAUCAAAAAAGAAUUCCUAUUUUUCAAUUUUGGUGUAAGAUUCCACAUUGGCCCCAGUCAAUGCCUUUUAUGAUGUAUUGUAAGGAACUUAGAACCUGUGCUUGUAUAAUAAAACGUUUCUUGUCUUAACUGGCCCACAAUCUGUUUUUUUUGUUUUGCAUUUCGCAUUUCUGGAUGUGAAAAUUCUCUAUCCCACCAAUCAACAUGCAUCACUGUGCCUAACUCUGCCCCUUAGGUACCCUACGACUACUAAAUUGCAAAGGAAGGCUGGCAAAAAGUGUUACAGUAUAAAAAACGUGGAGCGCUCGAUGAAAAUAGGUCUUUAAAAUGAAAAUAUUGAUAUUGUGAUGUACAACCCCAAUUCCAAUGAAGUUGGGACGUUGUGUUAAACAUAAAUAAAAACAAUACAAUGAUUUGCAAAUCAUGUUCAACCUAUAUUUAAUAAUUUUCUAAAUAGCAAAAUAAUAUGGGACUUUUAAUACGUAUAAUUUUGAUGAUGAUAACUUACAGCAAACAAAAUCCCCAAGUUCACCAUCUCUCAAAACUAUAAUGUUACAUAACAAACAAUUAAGAAACUGAUUAUUUUUAAUGUAGAAAUUAGGCAGGAAUUUGCACUCUGAGAAGUAUUUUGGCAAGUGUUUAAU